AUGUCCUUAGAAGUUUAUGGAACUAAAGGUAGUUCAUUAUUAGCAUUGUCCAAUAAUUUGAAAUUGGCCAUUGCAUUAUCUUCAUACCAACCAAAACUUUCCCUCACUUUAAAUGAAACUGAAUCCCAAUUGUCUUUAAAAGAUAAGAAAUCCGGAUUUGAAUUAAUUGAACCAAAUGCUAUUGUUAAAUAUUUAGCUAAUGAUUUCACUAAUGAUAAAGCAAUUAAAUUUGAAGAACAAGUUGUCUAUCCAGUUCUUAAAUCAAAUAAAUCUGAUGGAAUUUUGAAAAUUUCUGACUUACCAAGUUUUGAAAAAGCUGAAAUUACUCCUGCUCAAAUUAUUUUAUUUUCAAGUUUAUAUCCAGCUUUGAAAUCUUCUACUGAAAAUAAAUGGUUUGUUGAAUUCAGUAAGAUUCCAGAAGUUGCAACUGGUAUUAAGAAUGCAUUAGCAAUCACUCCAGUUGAAAGAACUAAAGAAACAAACACUGGUAAACAAAAUGUUCAAACUGGUCAUUUGAUUAAAAAACAAGCUGAUAAAAUUCUUCCAAAGUCUGAUGAAAGAAACAUUUUAAUCACUUCUGCUUUACCUUAUGUUAAUAAUGUUCCACAUUUAGGUAAUAUUGUUGGAUCAGUUUUAUCCGCCGAUAUCUAUAGUCGUUAUGCUAAGAAUAGAAACUACAAUGCUUUGUUUGUUUGUGGUACUGAUGAAUACGGUACUGCUACUGAAACUAAAGCAUUGGAAGAAAAAGUUACUCCUCAACAAUUGUGUGAUAAAUAUCAUGCUAUUCACAAGGAAGUUUAUGAUUGGUUUGAUAUUGGAUUUGAUUAUUUUGGUAGAACUACAACUCCAUUACAAACAGAAAUUGCUCAAGAUAUUUUCAUGAAAUUACAUAAAAAUGGAUAUUUGGAAGAAAAAACCACUGAGCAAUUAUACUGUGAAGAACACAAGUCAUUUUUAGCUGAUAGAUUUGUUGAAGGUACUUGUCCAAAAUGUGAAUAUGAUGAUGCUAGAGGUGAUCAAUGUGAUAAAUGUGGUAACUUGUUGGAUCCUUUAGAAUUGAUUAAACCACGUUGUAAACUUGAUGGUGCUAGUCCAAUUGUUAAAGAAUCCACUCAUAUUUAUCUUAAAUUGAAUGAAUUAGAAGAACCAUUAAAAGAAUGGAUUAUCGACUCUUCUGCUAAAGGUGCUUGGUCCAAGAAUUCAAAGAGUAUUACCGAUUCAUGGACCAAGAGAGGUUUGGAACCAAGAUGUAUUACUAGAGAUUUGAUCUGGGGUACUCCAGUUCCAUUAAAGGGAUAUGAAGAAAAGGUCUUGUAUGUUUGGUUUGAUGCUACUAUUGGUUAUAUUUCCAUUACAGCCAAUUAUUUCAAAGAUGGAAAUGUUGACGAUUAUCUUAAAUGGUGGAAAAACCCAGAAAAUGUUGAUUUGUAUCAAUUUAUGGGUAAGGAUAAUGUUCCAUUCCAUACUGUUGUCUUCCCAGCUUCACAAAUUGGUACUGGUGAUAAUUGGACUAAAUUGCAUCAUUUAAGUACUACUGAAUAUUUACAAUACGAAAAUGGUAAAUUCAGUAAGAGUAGAGGUGUUGGUGUCUUUGGUAACAAUGCUAAAGAAACUGGUGUUUCACCAUCUGUUUGGAGAUACUAUUUGGCUUCUAACAGACCAGAAAAUCAAGAUUCUCAUUUCUCAUGGGAUGAAUUUGUUGCGAAAAACAAUAAUGAAUUGUUGGCCAACUUGGGUAAUUAUGUUAACAGAAUUGUUAAAUUCUUGAUUGCCAAAUAUAAUGGAGUGGUUCCAAAAUAUGAUGUUUCCAACAUUCCAGAUUACGCAUCAUUUGAAAAGGAUAUUAACACUUUGUUGUCAAGUUAUAUUGAAAACAUGGAAAGUGUCAAUUUAAGAAAAGGUUUAGAACUUGCCAUGGCUAUUUCUUCCAGAGGUAACCAAUUCUUACAAGAUAAUAAAUUAGAUAACAGUUUAUACACUAAUCAACCAAACAAAUCCGAUGCUGUUGUAGCUGUUGCUAUUAAUUUGGUUUAUUUGAUUAGUGCUAUCAUUUAUCCAUUUAUGCCAGAAACAACCAAACAAAUUAAUGAAAUUUUGAAUGCACCAAGUUUGUCAAUCACUGAUAAAUUUGAAUUUGUCUUGUUGCCAGGUCAUUGUAUUGGUAAAGCUCAAUACUUGUUUACCAGAAUUGAUGAAAAGAAGAUUGAAGAAUGGAGAGGUUUAUAUGGUGGACAACAACAAAAGUGA